AUGACGGACGACAGCGACGAAGGGGUCACCCUCCAGCGGGACCUCCCAGAUGAGGCUGGGGAGGAUGGUGACAGCGAGGAUGACCUGAACCUGGACGAGAUGUUGGGGUACAUGCAGCAGCUCAAGCAGAGCGGGGUUAAGCUCGGCAAGAAGAAGAAGAAGAAAAAGGGUCGCCUAAGCACUAUCCUAGCAAACCCUAGCAGCGACGGUGCGGGACCAUCGUCAACACCUGCUGACACGGCAGCGGAAACUACGCCGGCCACUACGGCGGCCUUCACGGUUGCCGCCGUAACCGAGUUGGCCGCUCCAUCUGACAGUCCUACGCCUCUCGCCGCAAGUACCGGAACCACUACCGAUGCAUCUGCUGCUGUUUCUAUUCCUGUUGGCGCGACCACCGAAAUCACACCCGCGGUGACAGUGGUCAACGCAGCAUCGGUCUCCACUCCGUCUCCCAACACUGCUCUCGCCUCUGCUGGUGCUGCAAAUCAAACCUCCACUGUUGCUGACGCUUCAGGCGUCACUGCCGCAGCCGCUGAUAACCCAACUGCCGGCACUGCCGCUGGCAGAGUUGUCGAAUCACCUUUGGGGUUUUCCGUUCCAGUAAACGCCCGAUCCAUUGUUCCGGCAGAUCACGCAGCAGCUGUUGAGGCCUUCCGGCUGCAAGGUCAGAUUGAUGACCUUCGAACAACCCUUCGGCGAACACAGGAGCGCGAGAGGGAGUUGUCGAACCUCCUCUCGGAGCGUGACGCCGAGGUCCCUCCCACUUUCAACAUGGAUCGCAUCCCCCGCGACGCCAAUGGCGUUCUCAUCAUCCUACCACUUGUCAGCCAUGAUCAGCAUUUCGGGAGAAAGGCAACCGAGGCGUUCACGUACCUGUUGUUGGAUGCGCCUGCACGUUCGAUGCAGUUCUACCCUGAGUGGGCGGAGUUCCGGGAGGUCGUGUGUAUGAAGUACGAGAACGCGAGCGUGCAGUCUGACGUAUUUUACUACGUCAUUAGCAACGACCCCAACAAAGAGGCGCUGGCCAUGCGAAAGGUCUCAGAGAAGCGCUCCAAUGUCAACUCCGACGCCAAGACCUACGGGAGGGGCCCCGGUGGGGGCCGCCUUACCCCGGCACUGGACACUGCUGAGGCAGUGAACCGCCGGAAUGUUGCUCUGAAGAUAGACCAGGUUGCGGCCUGGAUCAAGGCCACCUAUGACGCAGGGGAUGUGGCUAUCUGGGACUCCAGGCCUCCUGCUGGCUUCAACAUGAGCCCUGUCAUCAAGAUCCUGGUGGAGGGCUUUGAGUCCGUGAUUUUCCCUAAUGGAACCCCCCCUUAG